GAAGCCCAGCUUCAACAACAUGCUGCCCUCCUCGAGCGUUUAGCUCAACUUGAAAAAGUAAAUGGGGAACUUCAGUCCAAGGUUACGACCCUGGAAGAAGAAAACCAGAAGCUACGCGCUCAAUUACUCCGCUCCUCUGCUCCCCCCUCCGCCGCCGUUACCCCCCAAAUUCUCCAGCACUCCGCCCCUGCUCCCCACACCACUGAUAGCCCAAUCAAUUGGGCUCAAAUUGCUACACGCGCCCCUCGCCGUCCCCGUCUCCCUACACCACAGAAAGUGGCUGCCAUCUCUCGUGGCUUCAACCUGCUCCCCGAAGGCCCUAAGGGCUUCAAAUACCUCUAUUUCCACCGCUCCCGCCGCUAUAACUACAUCCAGAUUCGUGGCAAUCUUCGCGCCAUCGGUGUCGAAGUUGGCCGUAUCUUGGAUAUCAUUUUCCCUGCGCGCAAUGUCUUUGGCCUCCUUAUUCAUGCCCAGUAUCAUGACCAACUCCUUGCCACCUUGGCUAAAGCCAAUGUUAAGCCCAUCCCUGGCGGUUUCGACCCCACUGAUCCCAAGUUUGCUACCAUGACAGCUGCUGACCGUGAAGGUGCCGCUAUGGAAAUUAACCAUAGCCGUUGUAUCCGCACCUUGACGUUCCUCCAUGUCUCCAACCGCCCUAUGAUCCCAGUUGCUCGCUACUUCAUUGAAGAAGGCUGGAUUAGCAAUGACGACCUCUCCGAUUUGAUCGCUGAACUUGGCCCUAGCCGCACUCCCCGUCACCGUGAUGAUCCUGGAGCUGCCUUCAGA